GAAUUGAUUAUGUAACACUGAGCAGCUUAUCCCUCAAAUCAAUUCUAAAAAAAUGACACAAGAAGAAGAAGCACAUUCUUCAAAUUUCCCUACUUUGCGGCAAAACCAAAGUUUCAAUCUUUUUUUCAUCUCUGAUUAAUUCUACAACUAUACUUUUUUUUCUUUCACUAUCAUAAUUCAUUAUUAUUCACAGUACAAUCUCUCUCUCUCUCUCUCUCUCUCUCUCUCUCUCUCUCUCUCUCUCUCUCUCUCUCUCUCUCUCUCUCUCUCUCUCUCAUCAACACAACACCACACAAGUGACACAACACAACACAACAGGGUUGUUGUUGUUUUGUUAUUGUUAGUGCCACCUUUUUUCUUUCUCUCACUUCCAAAUUUUUUGUCUUUUCAAUUUUUCCAACCUCUUUUUCUUGUUCUUUAUGUUACAAUUGUUACAAUUACUUUUUUUUUUUCUUGAGUCAUGGCUGCAAAGAAAGCCAUUGAAACAUUUUCCAAGAGUUUGAUUGAAGAAGUACACAAAUGGGGUUGUUUUAAACAAACAGGUGUUAGUUUAAGGUACAUGAUGGAGUUUGGUUCUAAACCUACUCACAAGAAUUUGUUGAUUUCUGCACAAUUUCUUCAUAAGGAACUUGCUAUUAGAAUUGCUAGAAGAGCUAUUGAACUUGAAAGACUUCCUUGUGGUUUGUCUCAAAAACCUGCUGUUUUGAAGGUAAGAGAUUGGUACUUGGAUUCGUUCCGCGAUAUUAGAUCCUUCUCUGAGAUCAAGAAUAUGAACGAUGAAAAAGAGUUCACUGAAGUGAUCAAAGCCAUAAAAGUGAGACACAACAAUGUGGUUCCUACAAUGGCUAUGGGCGUUCAGCAGUUGAAGAAAGAUAUAAAUCCAAAAAUUAUUAAUCAAGAUUUUGUUGAGAUUCAUCAGUUCCUUGAUCGUUUUUACAUGUCAAGAAUCGGAAUCCGCAUGCUUAUAGGGCAGCAUGUCGAGUUACACAAUCCGAAUCCUCGUCCUCAUGUCGUAGGUUAUAUAGAUACAAGAAUGUCUCCAGUGGAGGUAGCAAGGAAUGCCAGUGAUGACGCACGCUCUAUAUGUUGUCGUCAAUAUGGAAGUGCCCCUGAUGUUCAUAUUUAUGGUGAUCCGGAUUUUACGUUUCCGUAUGUUUCAGCUCACUUGCAUCUUAUGGUAUUUGAGUUGGUUAAGAACUCGCUGCGUGCCGUCGAAGAGCGUUAUAUGAAUUCUGACAAAGUUUCACCUCCGAUUAGAAUAAUAGUUGCUGAUGGAAUAGAGGAUGUUACCAUAAAGAUUUCGGAUGAGGGAGGCGGAAUACCAAGAAGUGGUCUGCGAAAGAUUUUUACAUAUCUGUAUAGUACUGCUAGAAAUCCAUUGGAUGAGCAUGCCGAUCUUGGGGUAGGUGAUAAUGUGACAAUGGCUGGAUAUGGAUAUGGCCUUCCUAUUAGUCGUCUAUAUGCUCGGUAUUUUGGCGGCGAUCUUCAAAUAAUCUCUAUGGAAGGAUAUGGGACUGAUGCGUAUCUACAUCUAUCUCGUUUGGGAGAUUCACAAGAACCUUUGCCUUGAAAUUAAGUCAUUUACUUUUAAGUCACACGACACAAGACUACAAGUUUUGUGGUAUAUGCAACAACAUUAAAAAAAAACAGUGUGGUAGCCGGUAGAAAAAACACAUUAAAAAAGGACCAAGUGUUGUCAAUAUUUAUCAUAUUAUAAUAACUUGAGAAAUUUCUUGUAAAUAUUUCAUACAUAAGAUUGUUUAUGGAAAAGGUCCUUGUUUUUACUUUGAA